GCAGCGGCUUUCUGUUGUUUUACGCGCACGUCUUUCCUCCCCACACGUCUCUCACUCUCACACGCACACGGAGCACAAAUCCACCGUCUCACCUUCUAGUUUUAGCGAGCUGUAUUCCCCUUUUCUUUCUUUCUUUCCCCCCCCCCCCUUUUUCCUUCCUCCACACUGCCGUUUUUCCUCUCUCUUUUAUUUUUUUCAUGAAUGAUUCUCUCUCGCAAUACUUGCAAGAUACCGUCGGACCCCUCUCCGCCCUCGGCCGCACGCCCUCGCCUCCUCGGCAGCUCCAGACGCCAGCAGGACCCCCCCGGCAGCCUGCGGCGCACUUUGGGGAGGCCCCAGUCGACGCGGAGAAGCUUGAUCCUGUGCGCAGCAGCAGCUGGAGCCGCCGACAUGAGCCUGAAAGCCGACGCGGAGCCGAGCAGCAACGUCUCCAUCGAGGAGGAGGUACGAACGCUGUUCGUCAGCGGCCUCCCAGUCGAUAUCAAACCACGGGAGCUUUAUCUUCUCUUCAGACCCUUCAAGGGUUACGAAGGAUCACUGAUUAAGUUAACGUCAAAACAGCCUGUCGGGUUUGUGACCUUUGACAGUCGCACUGGAGCCGAAGCUGCCAAAAACUCCCUAAAUGGAAUCCGUUUUGACCCUGAAAGUCCCCAGACGCUGCGCUUAGAGUUUGCUAAAGCCAACACGAAGAUGGCAAAGAGUAAGCUGAUGGCCACACCGAACCCCACAAAUAUCCACCCUGCUCUAGGAGCUCACUUCAUUGCACGGGACCCAUAUGACCUGACGGGGGCGGCGCUGAUCCCAGCGUCUCCCGACGCCUGGACGCCGUACCCCCUGUACACCACGGAGCUGACCCCGGGCCUCCCCCACGCCGCCUUCACCUACCCGGCGGCCGCCGCUGCCGCCGCCGCCCUCCACGCCCAGGUGAGGGAGCAACCGAUGCGCUGGUACCCGACGCCCUCUGACACCUCCCAGCCUGGAUGGAAGUCCCGCCAGUUCUGUUAAGAUUAUUUCAGCCUCUGGAAACGCAGCUCGCCGUCCAGCUGAAGUGAGAGGGCGAAGCUGUUUGUUUUCCUGUAGAACCUCGUCUUACCUCGUAUCUCGCAUGGACCUCGUGAAUGCGUCCCCCCCACCUUCUAGAAGACGUCCCUCCCAUCAGAUCAGUGUGCGUCCUCGUUUCAGCCAAGUACAACUGCUCCUGUACUUUUUUUGCGUAAUGUAUAUUUAUGCACUUUUUUUUGUGCAACUAAAAAAAAAAAAAAAGAGAUAAUGAGCCUGUAUAAGUUGAUGUUUAGUCGUGUUUUUUGGUGUUACUUUUGAUCCUAUAAUCCUGUUGACGUAGUUUUAAAGAAGUGCAAUUUGUUUAAAGGGGAAAUGGGUCUCGGUCCUUAAAGAGUUGAGGUGUUGCUGAACGAUGCCAUUCUGCUAAAAUGAGAUUGCUGUAAAACGGAUCUGUCAGAAUGUGAAACUGGACUACAAAUGUUAAAGGUUGUUUAUUUUUUUUCUGGGGGGGGGGGGGAGGGGGGGUUGAGAUGGGAAGCAGGAUCGGAGCAAUGGAGGAAUUUAGUUUGUGGUUUAGGAAUGUUUGUCUUUGUAUCUGCUGUGCAUAAGAUGUAAAAAAAAAUAACUAAACUUAUUCCCAUCUUAUGAAUAAUAAAAAGAAGUGAAUGCA